AUGGAAGACAGUUGUAACUCAACCGAUUAUAUGUACAGACGAAGGAAUACAAUAGUUAACUCUGAGGAAGAGACGGAGAGUUUCGCUGGAAAACGUCUUAUCAACUUAUACAAAAAGCAUUACAACUCUGAUCUGGACCAAAUCGAGUCUGGAAAAUUCCGGGACUCGACCUCUGAAGGAGAAGCACCUAUCUAUCCGUUAAACACGCCGGGAGAUCCCGAGGACCCUGAGCCCGAAGACGACCCUGCAGAGCGAUACCAAAACUCGCUUUCAGAAUGUCGAUCCACCUCAUUGCUUUAUGUUAUAGCAGGAUAUAUUGUUGGACUACUAAUGGUACUAAUUUGGUAUUAUAGAAAUCCCAAAGAGGCCUGCAAAGACCUAAAUGGAAAAUGGAUCUUUAUCGUUUUGGUCUCCUUACUAUUUAUAAUAUUGGUUCGACGACGUUCAGCAAGAUGCAUUGCAUUGUUAUGCCUUUCAACCAUAUUAAGCAAUCAAUUUCGGACAUUGGUUAUUGCAUUAGCUUUCUUGGUGGCCCUUUCGGGACCUGUAAAAAAUAUCUUCCACAACAUUUGCAUUUUGGCGAACACUCUCACCUGUGGACAGAAUGUUUUGAUACAGGCUCUACAGCUUAUGCAACGAAUUAUAAAUGAUCCUUCUCGUUCGGUGGAGGAGGCAUUCAAGACAACUUUGACGCAAGUGUGCAGACUCAUGAAUAAAUUGGAUAAGCUAUUGCUAAAUCUGGAGAGGCCCAUAGCUCAAAUACAUGCCACUUACAAGACCUGCACAGAUUGGUUAGUCUUGCAGAAAGAUCACUAUGAGUACAAGAUGGAUACUCCAUACAAUCGGUGCUUAAAGGCGGGUAACUUGAGCAUUGCACAGUGCAAGAGUGAAUUUGGAGAAAAAAAUAAAGAGUGCUGCGGAAAAGAACUCUUUUAUUGGUUCUGUGAAAGUCUCAAGACAUUUACAAGUUUCUUCGAUAGUAAUCUUCAAUGGUCAAUGAUGGUCAUCAAGGAAAUAUUUCAACGCUUGCAGUUAUGCUCUAUGAAAAUCCGAUUUAUUUUUAUAACCACCAUUAGUUUUGAUCAUAGCUUGAAAUUUAAUUCAUCAGCUCAAUUUACCUCUAACAAAGACCACAUAAACGAACAGCAUGUAAACGAGCGAUUGGAGGCACAGAGACACAAGUUAUAUUUCGUGUUUUUUUGGAUCGAUUUGAUUAUCUUCAUACUCUUGCUCACUAUUAUUCAUCAAUCACUGAGCUUUUGGCUCCGCUACUUGACCAAUGAAAAAUAUGAAAAUGUCUAUAUAACAAAGGCUUUCGAAAACUAUGAUGACAAGUACUAUCAGAAUAUGGGCUUAAGAGCCUUGCCCUUAAGCAAUUUCGAAGAGAACACAUAUGUGAAGAUAAACUCUAUGCGACUUCUGCCCAAUGAAUUUGAUACUAUUUAUCGCUCAGUGUUAUUCUUGGGGAUCACAGGAAUACAACUUUUCUGCAUCUGCUUUGUGGACUACAGUCUUUAUAGUAUACUAACUUUGAUGUCCUAUCAUGGACAUAUGAUUGAAGAUGUUAAACCUCUUGCCUAUAAAAAGAUUGUUAUUACCGGCGGCGGUAAAACUGGCGACAUUCUACGAGAUCUGGUCCUGGCAUUUGAGCCAAGAACUUUCAAAAUGAGUACUCAAAGGUGUCUACCGAUUCCAGGGCAGCCAAAAUACCUUCGAUAUGUGUGGAUCUUAUUGCUAUAUUUGCUGGCUUGGUUCAUGGUUUUUUGGGAGCCAUACGGCCUACGCCAAAGACACCAUAUAAUGAUGUACUUUUAUCCAGAGGAAUCAAGGCGCAGAGCGCACGAAUUGCACUAUACUAUAUUAAAUGAAAGAAAAAAGGUAUUCAAAGCAAGAUGUCAGGAAGCACGUUUAUUAAACGUCUUUGAGAAUACCCAUCAAUAUGAAUCAUACGUUAUGUGGCUCAAUUCUCGUCUAAACUGGUAUGUUUCCAACCUUAUAUUUGAAUAGAUUUAACCAAAUCCACCUUUCAGGUGUCUCAAUUGUUGUACAGUAUCUUUCGUUGGCAGAUGCUGCACUAUUUGCAAUAAACCACUGCACAAAUCUGAUUAUGUUUCCUGUGGUUGGCCAAACUGCAGGGGUAUCUACUGUACAAUGUGCUUUCAAGAGAGCAAUAAUAAAUGUGUUUUAUGUAGUUCCGAAUACGAAGAUGAGCUCUUGGAACCUGGGACCUCUUCUGGAAAUUCUGGCGCUGAUUUCUGCAGCGUUGAUAACAUUUAUCCCCAGCAGCGUGACUAG